UGGGUGAAAGGGGAAAGGGGAAAGGUCGGAGUUCGCCAUGUUGUUGUCUUUGUGUAAAGGAGUGAAGCUCGGUCUCACAUCGCUCUUCCCUCUUCCCCCGAGUCCUCUCUAAACUCUUCCCCCCCUGGGUUUCUACCCUCCCGAACCUCUCCCCUUCUACCCUCAUAACCCCAACCCACCCCCCGGUCACCUUCCAGCGCGCGAACCGGAUCAUCUCAGUGACCAAAGAGCCCCCGCCCCUAUCCCCACAAGUUCGGCACAGAAGUCUCACCCACAGCAGCUGCAGCUAUGGACUCCGGUGUGAUUGAAGGAGGGCUCAAUGUCACCCUUACCAUUAGGCUGCUCAUGCACGGCAAGGAAGUUGGCAGCAUCAUUGGAAAGAAAGGCGAAUCUGUGAAGAAGAUGAGAGAAGAGAGCGGGGCACGCAUCAACAUCUCUGAGGGCAACUGUCCCGAGAGGAUCAUCACUCUGGCAGGGCCUACCACCGCCAUUUUCAAGGCCUUCUCCAUGAUCAUUGAUAAACUGGAAGAGGACAUCACCAGCUCGAUGACAAACAGCACAGCCACCAGCAAGCCCCCAGUGACCCUCCGCAUCGUGGUGCCCGCCAGCCAGUGCGGCUCGCUCAUUGGCAAAGGUGGCUGCAAGAUUAAAGAAAUCCGAGAGUCAACCAGUGCUCAGGUCCAAGUGGCAGGUGACAUGCUGCCCAACUCCACGGAGCGCGCCAUCAGCAUAGCUGGCACGCCCCAGUCGAUCAUCGAGUGCGUCAAGCAGAUCUGUGUUGUCAUGCUCGAGUCUCCCCCGAAAGGCGUCACGAUUCCCUACCGACCCAAACCUUCAGGAUCUCCUGUUAUCUUCGCAGGUGGACAGGCGUAUGCCGUGCAAGGACAGCAUGCCAUUCCACAACCAGAUCUCACCAAACUUCACCAGCUGGCUAUGCAGCAGAGCCCCUUCCCCAUUGCACACAGCAACCAGGGAUUCACCGGAAUUGACGCUUCCGCUCAGACUAGUUCUAAUGAGAUGAAAAUUCCGAACGAGCUUAUUGGCUGCAUCAUCGGCCGCCAGGGCGCUAAGAUCAACGAGAUCAGACAAAUGUCGGGCGCCCAGAUCAAGAUUGCAAACCCGGUGGACGGUUCCACCGAUCGACAGGUGACCAUCACGGGCUCGCCUGCUAGCAUCAGCUUGGCGGAAUACCUCAUCAAUGUACACACUGGGUCCAAGUGCCGAACUCCCAAUUUAAUGGCAGCGAUUGUUGAUUUCAAUUUUCACUCCUUGUUUUCCCUCCAAUCUUCCUCUUCCUCCUCCUCUCUCCCCCUCUCACAGUCUUCCUCUGCUGCUAUCUCUCCACAGCUCACCAAACUUCACCAGCUGGCUAUGCAGCAGAGCCCCUUCCCCAUUGCACACAGCAACCAGGGAUUCACCGGAAUUGACGCUUCCGCUCAGACUAGUUCUAAUGAGAUGAAAAUUCCGAACGAGCUUAUUGGCUGCAUCAUCGGCCGCCAGGGCGCUAAGAUCAACGAGAUCAGACAAAUGUCGGGCGCCCAGAUCAAGAUUGCAAACCCGGUGGACGGUUCCACCGAUCGACAGGUGACCAUCACGGGCUCGCCUGCUAGCAUCAGCUUGGCGGAAUACCUCAUCAAUGCCAGUGUAGAGUCCUCUAAACCUCCUCCUCCUCCCUCCUCCUCCUCCUCCUCCUCUUCCUCCUCCUUGAACCCCGAACCGAGGGAGGAAGGCCCUUCCUCCACCUCUACUACUACUACUACUACUACCACUGCUACUACUACUAGCACCUCCUCUGCUUCCUCCUCCUGUGUGGUGCCCCCCUCAGCCUCCAUCCCUCUGUCCUUGUUACCUCCUGGGCCUCCUCCUUCUUCCUCCUCCACAUCCUCCUCCUCCGACCCCUCACCUGCCUGUGUGUCCAGUCUGCUCACACUCAAGCCCCUGCCUCUGCUGGCCCUCCAUGUUGUCAGCGGGGCCGCCAAUUCUGAGCCCAAAAUGGCCCCCGAGCUGGGCUCCAAGUCCAAGCGGCGACGGCUCUCCCCUUACUAACGCAUCCACUAUCUACACUUGCUUUGGCCACGUGUACUUAACAUACACACACACACUAUACUUAAACCACACACACGUACACCACACCAUGUUGCAAGAUUUCUGGUAAGUUCACAGUAAAUUUCCAUGGGAAGAUAUGCCGAGGCAUUUUUGAAUUAACUGGAAAUUGAGUAAUUUAAUGCAAAGGUAUCAUUGCAUCGCUGCCAUUGGGCAGAAUCCUCGUACUUCCAAAUCAUUUUUCAGGAGACUCGUACGGUUUAAGAAAAAAAGAUAACGCCCACAAUGUGGACUGACUUGUGAUUUGUGAAAAAAAAAGAAAAGAAAUUGACCAAAUUGUGAAUAAGGAGGAGGACUCACAUCACAGUGCCAAAGGGCUCAUGUAACGACUCCCCUCAUCAGAGUUUGGCCACGUGACAUGUGCAAGCUGAGUCGUCAUUGGUCAUUACCUGAGCCCUGAGAAACUAUGAUGUCAUUUUCAGUCAACAGCAAGUGGCAAAAUGGCCGCCACCCCCGAGAUGGAUAAAAACGGGUGGAUUUUGUUGCUUAAUUCAUCGUCCUCAAAUGCAGUAUUCAUCUGAAUACUGCAUUUACACUUGCGGGGCUGCAAAGAACAUAUUCUUGUCAAGAAAUUGUUUGACUUGGCUUCCUCUUCCAGUUGCCUUUUUAUGAGCCAACCCUCAGUUUAGUGAAGUCCCGGUUUUCCACGAAAUCCCUUGGAAACUUUGCAUCUUUUUAAAUUACCUGAAUUUUGCAACCCGACAUGCAGGCACACACACACACACACGCACACACACGCAGUUUGCUGCCAUAUUUACUCUAUUGCCUGUCAAGUGUUAUUAUUAUUACUAUUGAGUUUUGCAUGCAGCGCGGAUGUGGCCGCUGAAGCCUUUUUUCCUCUUUGUGGUGUAAGCUGUGCUCAGGUAGCGGCUCUUUCUCCUCAGAGGAUGUCAUGCUUGCGCCAGUUUGAUUUGUUUAGGCAUCACCAUGGUGACUGCGAGUGCUUUUUUUUCCCCGCCCCAUGUACAUAAAGGAGCUUUAGUCCUCGCUCAGGUAUACACACCAUGAAUUCAAGUUGAGCUUUGACAUUUUUGGGGGGGGAUGUUUUUAAUGAACCUAAUUUCUAUGAUUUAAAUUAAAGUCUGUAUUCCUAACCAUUA